UCUCUUCUCCCCCCGCCCCCCUCCGUGGCAAGAGAUCACGUAGGAGGCGUCGUCAUCGCCGCGAGGCAAGUCGUGGGAGGCGCUGCUGCUGUGGGGUAGGAAGUAUUCUCCUGCUAGCCUAGGUCCUCUCUGCAACGGUGCCCAUCUCUGGCCAUUGCACCAUGGUGACGUACCACAUCCGUGAGUACCGUACUGAGGACUAUGAGAUGGCGCGUGACUUAUUUGCCACGGGGAUGAGUGAGUACGUGCCCACUCUGUGCGUGCACAUGCUGAAACAGCCCUGGCUGAUCCUAGUCCUGGCCUGCACCUUCUGCCUGCUCCUGUCCAGCUCCAGAUCACUCCUCCUCCCCAUCCUUGCUGUCACCCUGCUGCUGGCCGUGGGUCGGCAACUUCUAGGCUAUAUCUGGUCAAUGUACAUCGACCACUGCUUGCAGGAGGACCUGCUGGACAUCCAUGCCUUUUACCUGAGUGAGAAGGGUGCCUGUUUCUGGGUGGCCGAGGUGGAUGAAUGUGUGGUGGCCAUAGUGGGUGCCAGGCCCUCUGAAGAACAUCGGGAGGAACUCAUGUUGAAACGCAUGUCAGUUCGCAAGGACUACCGAGGCCUUGGCAUUGCCAAGGCCCUAUGCAAGACAGUGAUCUCCUUUGCCCGCAAGCAUGGCUACCAGUCAGUGGUGCUGAACACCCUCAUGGUGCAGCAUGAGGCCCGCACCAUGUACGAGGGCAUUGGCUUCCAUAUGUAUCACCACUAUGUCCUACCCACCAUCUAUGGCAGAUUGGCCAACUGCACCGUUUCCAAGUACCGAUAUGAUAUCCCCUCUGUGGACUGAGUGGAGAAACCAGGGAAUGGUCUGUGGUGACUGUCUGGAUCUAGCCUUCCAUCCCUCUGUCCCUCGGGCAUUUGGUUCAGCGGAUUAUGAAGGAUGGAGAAAAUAUGGAGCAGUUAACUUUGGUGCUGAGCAAUGGGCUGUGUCUCCAAUUCUGAACACUGAGCAUUAAUUUUCCAGGUCGUUGCAGAGGGCAUUUGCUGGCCGGGCAGGUUUCAUGGAAUUCUAGUAAUGAAGGAUAUUAACAAAAAGCAUUUUCAGAAGGUUCCUUUUCACUUCCAUUGUGUUUGGAGGAAAUUGGGGAUACUGAUUUGGAAUGUGGGGAUGUGGCUUGCAGAACAGGUUUUCAUUGCUGAAGAAAGUGGCCUUCUCCACUGGCCCUGAUGUUCUACCUUGGCCUCGUAUCAGCAAUUCUAAGCUUUCACAGAAGCUGCUGUUGUCUUUUUUCUUGAGGUCCAUUCGUGAUACUUGUGGCAAGUGACUGGCCAAGGAGCUAGAGUGUCAGAAGCGACUGUUGUUGGGUACCAUUUUUUGCCUUCUGGGAUGGACAGCCCAAAGGCCUUGUCAUCACACCACCUUGCUGCUGAAAUUUCUGUUUGUUUCCUUGGGGCAUGCAGCACAUUGCACUCUGCAUCAGCUUGAAUGCACAGGAAAUUCAUUCUUUCCAUCACAAUCUUAAAUGCAAAUCAAAAUGUCCUUGUUUUCAGGUAGCGGAUCGUUCUGGAGCAUAAACGUCUUAACAGCUUUCAUUCUGACCAGCUAAUAACUACAUCAAUUGGCUUUGGAGGAAGUCUGUGUCUCUGGUGUGUGUUUUUACACAUGAUCCUGUCUGAGGAGAUUUUACCUAUUUCCCACAUUAGGGUCCCAAAAUUGUUACUACUUUUUCUGUACCAAAAGCCAAGAAUGAAUUUAUACAGUGCAGAGGUACAGGGAAAUCUCCUUAGAAAUUUAUUCUAAAUUACAAAGCCACAAACACUUGCUUUCAGCCCUCUGAUCACACUGGUUGCCCAUUUCCCCAGAUGAUUAGGAGGUUGGAGCAACCAACCCAUGAGGAACAGUUACAUCUUUUUGAAACUUUUUAGUUUUGAAAGAAGGGUAAGUAAGGGAGGUGUGAUAAAGAUUUGAGCAAUGGUGUCAAAAAAGUGGAUUGAGAGGUUUUUCUCCCCCUUGAAAUACUAGAACUUGGGAUCAUCUAAUGAAGCUCAGUUGUGAGGUUCAGGAGCGGCAAAA